UUCUAUGCAUUAGAAGGUCUGAUGAAAAACCCGUAAGAGCAACAAUUUUGUUUUGCCAUUACACUCAACUCAAAGUUUUGUCACGGUCCACUUGCUGUGGUUUCAGUCCAGUUAUGUAGUUGCGGCUUGUCGCUUGCGCUCCAUCAUCCUGCAGUUCUGUCCCGGUCGGGGGCCACGCUAACGAGCUGCUGCUCCUCGUUUUUCGGGAUUUACCCCAGGACGCAAUGACCACUGGUCGCACCGAGGAUUACUGCUGUGUAUGUAAAUGUCAUAGAGUUAUGUGCUCAGGAGCCAAAACAUCACUGGAUCGCGCACAGCAACUCACACUUCAACCACAUGUGAACACUUCCUUCUGUGGAACUAUUACACACCGAAAUGAGACUUUGGAUAGCUACAGAGCAGGUGUCAGCGAGGUGAUUCCAAAUAGUUUAUUUUGAGGCUGUGCAUGCUGGCUGUCCCAAUGACCGUCACCUACACGGCCAGAGUUGCCAACGCUCGCUUCUGUGGCUUCUCCAAGUUGCUUUUGGCAUGGAAAGGCAGCAUCUACAAGGUGUUGUACAAAGAGUUCCUGGCUUUCUUUGCCAUGUACACGGCCAUCAGCAUCACAUACAGAUUCUUUCUUCCUGAUGAUCAGAAGAGGUAUUUUGAGAAGCUGGCAAUUUAUUGCAACUACUAUGCAAGUCUCAUCCCUAUGUCUUUUGUACUAGGUUUUUAUGUGACCUUGGUGGUGAACCGCUGGUGGAGCCAGUACACCAGCAUCCCACUCCCCGACCGGCUCAUGUGCGUCCUCUCGGGGGGCCUACAGGGCAGUGAUGAGCGGGGCCGGCUGCUCAGACGCACCAUGAUGCGCUACGCCAGUCUGUCGGCCCUGCUCAUCCUCAGAUCUGUCAGCACAGCCGUCUUCAAGCGCUUCCCCACCAUAGAUCACGUGGUGGAGGCAGGGUUCAUGACCAGAGAGGAGCGCAAAAAGUUUGAAGGCCUUCACUCUCCGUAUAACAAAUACUGGAUCCCAUGUGUGUGGUUCACCAACCUGGCUGCUGUGGCCCGCUGUGAGGGCCGGAUCAAAGAUGAUCAUACGCUCAAGUUGCUACUGGAGGAGCUGAAUGGAUUCCGGGGAAAAUGCAGCAUGCUGUUUCACUAUGACAUGAUCAGCGUUCCCUUGGUCUACACUCAGGUGGCGACUUUGGCCGUGUAUAGUUUUUUCCUGGUGUGUCUAAUUGGUCGUCAGUUCCUAGAUCCUGAUCAAGGUUAUCCAGGGCACGACCUGGACCUCUACGUGCCGAUCUUCACCUUACUGCAGUUCUUCUUUUACGCGGGCUGGCUCAAGGUUGCAGAACAGCUGAUCAACCCUUUUGGAGAAGAUGACGACGACUUCGAAACAAAUUGGUUGAUUGACAGAAAUUUCCAGGUGUCCAUGAUGGCGGUGGAUGAGAUGUAUGGAGACGUGCCAAUGAUUGAACGGGACCGCUACUGGAAUGACUCGAACCCCAGACCUCCCUACACAGCUGCAACCCUCUUUGUCCUUCGCAAACCCUCCUUUCAGGGCUCCACUUUCGACAUGGCGAUCCCCAAAGAGGAGAUGCACUUCCAGCCCCUGGAGGAGAUCGCUGAGAACACGGAGGAGACAGUCAGCCGCCACCCCAACAUGGCUCUCUUCAACCGGCUCCUGAACGCGGCCCCCUCUCCCACCGGCCUCAUGGGUGGAGCCCUGCGACGCACCUCGGCCCAGCUGCAGCGUCUGCACCACUCCCCCGGCACCGACCCGUGCAACAGCGACGACGACGACAGCGAGAGUUGCAAGAUCGGCAAAGGAGGGUCGCUGCCUUCUGGGUUGGGUCAGGACACCCAGAGCACGAUUUGCAGUUUCAGGGAGGAGAAGAGCACCAGAGUGCCUCUGCUGGACAUUGAUUUCCAUGGACAAGCAGCAGACACCACCAGGCAGGUGGAUCAGAGCAUCGGGGAAGAAGACCACACCAGAGAGGAGGAAGAAGAAGAGAAAACUGGGGUCAGUUUUCCCUCUGGAGAGACUCGACCGGACUCCGCCAUUCCCAUCACCCCUCAACAUCAUUCUGCUUUCCUAUUUCCCCCGUCUUCCUCUCAUCUGGAGCACUGCAGAUCCCAGCCCAUCAUCAACCACCACAGAGUGGUGCCCGCCUUUGCCCAACCUUCUUUAGGUCAGCACAAGAUGUCCUUCCUCACUGUGCCAUCUUUUGAGCCACAGCGCCUCCGAAGUGUCAGCAUGGGGUCAGAGCUGACUGGGACUUAAGUGCACCGCACUUCCAUGUCAGAUCAACUUUGGAUUCAGUGCAUCUAAGUCACUGUUUUUCAACCACUGUGCCGUGAGAUACAGUCUGGUGUGCCGUGGGAGAUUAUCUAAUUCCACCUAUUUGGGUUAAAAAUAAUGAUGUGUUGUUGUUGAGUGUCGGUGCUGUCUAGAGCUCGGCAGAGUAACCUUGUAGUACUCUUCCAUAUCAGUAGGUGGCAGCCGGUAGCUAAUUGCUUUGUAGAUGUCGGAAACAGCGGGAGGAAGUGUGCAUGUAAAAAAGGUGUCUAAUGCUUAAACCAAAAAUAAACAAAAGGGGAGUGCCCCUAAGAAAAGGCAUUGAAGCUUAGGGAAGGCUAUGCAGAUCGAAACUAAAACUGAACUGCCUACAAAGUAAACAAACACUAAAUACUGGACGACAGCAAAGACUUACUGUGGAGCAAAGACGGCGUCCACAAUGUGCAUCCGAACAUCAAUCAAUCAAUCAAUGUUUACUUAUAUAGCCCUAAAUCACUAGUGUCUCAAAGGGCUGCACAAACCACCACAACAUCCUCGAUAGGCCCACAUAAGGGCAAGGAAAACUCACACCCAGUGGG